AUGCGUUCUUUCAUUGUUUUGUGCUUGGUCGCAGUUGCCUGUGCCGACAAGUUGGGUUACAACUACCAACCCGUUGGUCACUCGGAUAGUGGAUUAUCCUUCGCACCAGGUGGUGCUGCCGGUGGUAGCGGUUUCGGUGGUGGAAACACUGGUGGCUUCGGUGGUGGCAGCUCCGGUGGCAGUUUGGGUGGUGGCAGUUUGGGUGGUGGCAGUUUGGGUGGUGGUAGUUUAGGUGGUGGCAGUUUGGGCGGUGGCAAUUCCGCUGGUUUCGGAGGCGUCAGCUCUGGUGGUCUGGGAGGUGGCAAUUCUGGUGCUUCUUUUGAUGCUCCUGCCCCCGCUGCUGAAUUUGAAAAGGAGUUCUACACCUUCACCGCUGACGAAAGUGAAUUCGCCGAUCCCCAUGCCGCCGAGAAAGCUGCCAGCAGUGUGAAACAAGCUCUUCGUGUUGUCUUCAUCAAGGGUCCCGAAAACAAGGGUCUCGAAGAUGCCGCUCUCGCCUUGGCCAAAUCCGCUUCCAGCCAAAAAACCGCCAUCUAUGUGCUCAACAAGCAAACCGAUAUCGGAGAUUUGGCCAACAAACUCAACGCCAUCAACAGUGCCAGCAGCAACAAACCCGAAGUGCACUUUGUCAAAUACCGCACCCCUGAAGAUGCUGCCAAUGCCCAACGUGCCAUCCAAGGCCAAUACGAUUCAUUGGGAGGCAAAUCCCAAUCUGUCAAUGGUGGUGUUGCUCCCGUUCUUAACUUUGCUUCUCAAGCUCCCGCCCGUGCUGGUCCAGCUCCCCAGGCCCCACAGAACUCUUACUUGCCCUCUUCGUUGUUCCGUUACCGUUUGCGCCACUAA